GGGCCUGAACUCGUCGUUAUCAAGCGACCGUUUGAACAGUGGAGUAGACCCCAUGGCUCUGCUGUCUAGCAAUGCUACAGGGAGUAAAGAAACAGCUCUGAUGGAAGUAGACGCACAGCAAACAAACUUUCCUCCAAUAAGUGGAAGACCUGUUGCUCCCGUCAACAUUCACACAUGCCGAGGGAGGAUAAACUCUCUACCGACUGUCACCGGUCAACAAUCGCCAAUGGAACGGCUCGGUAGCAAGAUCGAAGAAUUAGCUGAGUUCAUAAAGGAUAAACGAAAUCUCCACCAUGAACUCGCAGACUGCGUUGAACAGCCAAAGUGCUUCCUCUGUACACAGGAACAAAAAGCUCCAGAUAGCUUAUGUCAUAUUCCAGGCUCCGGGGCUUGUAAGGUAUUCCGCACCGCACUUGCCGAAGCUACGAAAGGGCAGAAAUGACACGCAUACUUCAAGGAAACCUGAAUAGAUGUGCGUUGGCGCAAAAUUUACUUCGCCAGCGAGUCUUUGAAGAGAGGAUCGACGUUUGCUUCAUCAGUGAGCAAUAUCUAAACCUCCAAGAUAGAGCAUGGUUCGCAGACAAAACUGGCACGGCGGCAAUCUGGAUUGUAAAUACAAAGAACGUUACCACCAUCAACAGCGGAAGUGGAGCAGGUUUUGUCUGGAUUCAA